AUGCCUGCUGGUCUCAGCGGGACCUAUGUCCUGGCUUGUGUGACUUGGGAUCCUGAUCGUUUGGAAGAGCUCUCAACAGCUGCCGAAGUCACCGACUUGCAGAUCGCAAAUCUGUGCUCUUCCGUGGGAGGAGUCUGUGGCUGGAGUUGUGGCUCCACUCAUCCCCCACAAACUCUGCAGGGCUGCGAUUCACGAGGGACCAUCAAGGUGACGGAGAACUCCUUCGCGGGCAAGCCGUUCAAUCAGGCGAACUUCAAAGGAAAGGUCACCAUGAAGCAAUGCCCAGAGGUUGAUGAGUACGGGGAGUGCCUGACCAAGGAGGCUCCUUUUUCCAACUGGAAGUGUCACAAUUGCAAAUACAAUCCCAAUGAGAUUGACGAGGAUUCCUUCCGGCGGCUGCAAAUUCCUGGCAUGGCGGGGAUUCCUGAGCUACCUGGCUUCCCUGGUGGCAUCCCUGGUGUUGGGGGUGGUGACCCGGAUUCGACGAACGGUGGCAUUGGAGGCCUGUUUUCAGGAGACUCCGAGGAUGCGAAAAGCUCCUUCAUUUAUGCUUCCCUGCCAAAGUUUCAAGUCACAGUGCGCGGACUAGGGCAACCAGACGGCGAGAACAUCUUAUCACAGCCUGCUACAGUGAUUUUUGAAUCUUCAGAGUCCACUCCUGGUGUGUGGAAGCCCUUGUACCAGGCCUACGUAAAGACCAGACCUCCUGUGUCGGUAGAUGCUGCUGGAGAUCCACUGGUCAAAGUUUCGGAUGAAGACAUGGAAGAUGGCCCUGGGCCGGCCAUUGGGGACUUCGCGCGCUACCGGAUGCACUUCCAGCAGCAGAACAGGUUGACCAUAGAUCCAAAAUGGUGCUAUGGGAAGCAGGGACCGCUUUAUUUGGUCGCUUGCGCAGUGAACGGCUCUGUGUAUCGCCACAAGGGCUUUGAGGGUUUCACAGCAGGGCAGAAGGCUGCGCCACCUCCAUUCAAUGACAGAUGCUUGGAGGUCUCCGGGCGCUGUGCUCAUGCCUGCACCAUCGAACAGCCCGCCAUGGCGAACUGCACCAGCGAUGGCAGAAUCCUGCAAUCCACCUUGGUAGGCCCUGUGAAGUGGGAGACCAACGAUUCGACGGCAGUUCGUAUUCUUUGCUAUAUGUUGAUUCUUUGCUUCUCGCUGAAGGUGGUGCUCUUGUGUCCCGGCAUCUUCAGUUACUACUCGCACUAUCGCAGGUAUGAUCCUGAUCUGACUAGCAGCCUCAGAUGUAUCAAUGUUUGCAUCGCUAGCUGGGGAGAGAAGAAAUCCAUCACUCUCAGGAGUCUCAUUGGUGCGGUGGCAUGCAUGCCGAAGGCUUGUGAGUGUCGUUUCCAUGUGACCCUCACCGACGACCUCCACCGAACCGAGCUAAAACAGUUGAUGGAGAUUUUGACGAAGAUCGUCGAUGCAAUUCCAGGUUUUGAUGGAAACUACACGCUGGAAGAGAACAUUCGACAGUUCUUCCACGUGUGGGUAGAAGGGACCAAGAGAAUAGAUAUUGGCCGACUCCGCGCAGAAGGAGGAUUAGAGAAGGAGGCUGCUGAAUAUCUCAGCGGUCGAGUGACUCUUCAAACUUUGCGAGAGAACACCUGGUCGUGGAUGGAUGGAAGAUACUUGAUGCAAUUGGAUGCCAUGGUGGAGCAGCUCCAUGAGGCAUUGUCCAGCACCAGCGAUGAAGUCUUUGACCUGAACUCUGACACAGUUCAUGACUGGGAGCCGAAGGACAGGAAUGCCUUGCCCUUGCGCAUGCACUACCUGGCCAGAGCUAGGCCUGUAGAGGAUGAGCGAACGGUCAAGUCGCAGCAUGUGGCUCCCGGAAUCUACUACUACAAGGUGCCACAAAACCCUGAGAACAACCAGUGGCUUGGUCUGCGUUGCAAGACCAAAGAGAUGGUCUAUGGCUUGGAAGAGCAGGAUCCAUCUGUGAAUCUGGUGCCGAUUCAUACAAGUCGUGGCUUGCCUGGGGUUCUGAACUUUGCUGCCAACUACAUGUACUACACAUCAAGCCGCCCACAGAAUCUCUACCAAGACGACCGAGACUACUCUCCUUAUCUCUUCAGCAUUUGCGACCCGUAUCAUCAGUACCAACCGGACUUUUUCCAUACGACGAUUCCGCUCUUCUUCGAUCGCUCCGGUGAGUUGGAUGAGGAGGUGGGCCUAGCGCAAUGCCCGCUCUACUUCCACGAGCUGGCAGAAGAAUUGGACUACCUGGAUGGCAACAAUGCUCAGUUCUUCCGCUUUCACAGCAUGAUUCAGAACUGUUGUGGUGGCGUCAGUUCUUGGGAUACCAAUAGCACUCGUCUGCUGAUGCGGGAGGAUGAUACCUCAUUGUGGCACUUCGAGCGAAAGCGAGUCAGGGAAGCAGAUAGGAAGAGGAGGGAGCAUUUGGUUGAGCGCCGAUCUUUUCCCGAGACAUGCAAGGUGGAGCACAUCGCUAGCAGCGUGAAUCAAGUCCUCAGAGGUCAACAUUCGCAGUUUAUCAACAGGCGUUUGUCCUACGGCAUGUCGCGCAGCGGCACUGAAGCCCUGGCGUCCAUGCAGCGGAUGGCCGAGGGCCACGUCCUGUUUUGGCUGCAGUCCUUCUUUGGAAGGCGACAGGGCUUUAUGCUUUGGCUUAGCUUCAUUUUCUUCAUUUUCUUUGUGGUAUGGCUCUGUAUUUUGGUUGGCAACAUCUCUCAGGGCAUGGUGGUUGUGGAGAUGGGGGUCCUGCAAAAGAACACCGUUGAUCGCAUCUUGGUGCCGCUGGUGGACCUCUUCAAAGAUUGUGUGGAGAUUGUGGGAAGUGGUUACUUUGGAAACAAGCCCAGUCUGAUCAAGAUCUAUGUCACUAUGGGCGUGGAAUUCGCAAUCUGGUUGGCAGGCCUCUCGGUUUGCUUGUUGCUGCUGCUGUUGGUGACCGAGAUCUUCAAGGCAGUCACUGCCUGCGGCCUGUGCUCCUGCUUCUCCGUUCCCAACGAGAUGAGGCACUGGGCCAGGCUGUUGAUCCGCAUGCAUCAGACAUCUCACUGGGUAUGGGCAUGGCUUCCGGCCUUUUGGCUUGGAUUCAACUACUGGAACGUGUUUGCGGAGCAGACCUAUCACUUCAACUGCUGGGGAAUGUUCAUUUUCAUCGUAGUCCUACAGGUCCUUAAUUGGGGUAUGAUCAUCUCUGCGUCGAUGAGAAGCACCUUGCAAGCGAGCAUGGAGACCAAUGAGGUCAUUUUCCUCUCCAUGGACAAUCUUUGGCGGUCAACGCAGAGUUUGUAUGUGACUUUCCCGCUCCAUUUCUACUCCUUCACCAAAGCAGCGGAGGACUACCUGCGCUACCAUUUCUAUGGUGCCGACGUGACCUUUGAGCCUCCUUAUGAAUCUAGUGGUGAGCGGGCUCAGACGUCCAUUUGCCUGGUGAAAUACUGGACACUCCUUCUGAUACUAGGCGCUAUUGGAGCUUGGGUUCACUACUAUUUGACCGUUGAAGAUAGGGAUUGUCAAGGAUCGUUGGCCUCGUGCAUUGUGGUCACCCUGAUUGCAUUGGAUGUGCUGCAUCCAUGUGCCUACCUUUGGGUUGGUCAAUCCAAGCAGAUGAGCUCCGAGAAGGCCCACAGACUUUCGUGGCUGCAGGCCUGCGUUUCUCCUUCUUGGUGGUCCAGACUGAUCUACAAAUUGGUUCUGAACAAGUGGCCUGGCUGCAUGGUGCGAUUGAUAACUCCAAUUAUUUAUGCUGAAAUGGGUCCAGUUGCCAAAAAUCUUAUGGUUCGGUCCACAUGA